UCGGUACUUAUAUUAAAAUAUAAAUAAAAAAAAAAAAAAUAAAAUAAAUGUAUAUAUAAAAUACAAUAAACAAACUAACAAUUGUGUUUAUUUAUUAUAUCAUUAGACUUCUAAGUCUUCUUUUAGAUAAUAUUAUAAACUAGUCUUCUUUCGCCAUAAAUGUUAUACAAACAUGACCAUAAAAAUUCCAUUUCAUCGUCACGCGAUUUGAUGGCCACGCCCACUGGAUUGUUGCCCGGAAGUCAUGGUAACCGUAGGUUUGUCCCCCUUUUGUUGACGGAAGUUGAUCCUGUGCCGUCAUGUGUUGUCAUUACCAUUUAGCCUGAAACAAUUGACUGCACUGGGCCUCACACGACAGCCUGUCUCACUGUCGCAACAACUGUAGAGGAAUAUAGUUUUCGGUGUACCACAGUUUCGAAAGGAGGUAUUUGACAACCAGAAGCAGCUAGGUAAUUAGGAUUUGCUCACAGAAACAAAAGCGGGCAGCUUACGGACAAGCCGCGCACCUGUCAACAGAAACAUGGCGGAGAACGUUCGAGUGGCCGUGCGGGUCAGGCCUUUUAACUCGCGCGAGACGGCCAGGAAAGCCAGUAUCAUUAUACAGAUGAACGGUAAACAGACAGAGAUCACAGAUCCAGAAAACACUAAAGAAAAACCCAAGAAGUUUGCCUUUGACUUCUCCUACUGGUCCCACGAUGGCUACACGGAGCGAGGAGAUGGGUACCUGGAGCCCAGCUCCCCCAAGUACGCUGACCAGCAAGUUGUGUUUGACGACCUAGGAAAGGGGGUGCUGGACAAUGCCUGGAAGGGCUACAACUGCUCCCUCUUCGCGUAUGGUCAGACCGGCAGCGGCAAGUCCUACUCCAUGGUGGGCUACGGCACCAACAAGGGGAUUGUCCCCCUUGCCUGCGAAGACCUGUUCCGUGGCAUCGAUGAGAAGAAGAUGACGGCCAAGGAAGGGGAAGAAUACCAGGUGAAGCUGAGUAUGCUGGAGAUCUACAAUGAGCAAGUGAGGGAUCUUCUCAACCUCAAGUCUGCACAGAAGGGGGGUCUCAAAGUGCGGCAGCACCCUUCCAAGGGAUUCUAUGUGGACACGCUCACCUCUUGGCCCGUGGACAGUUACAUGGCCAUUGACAACAAGAUCAACGAAGGAACAAGAAACAGGACAGUUGCCUCCACCAACAUGAACGCCACUAGCAGUCGAGCCCACACAAUUGUGGCGAUCACGUUCGUGCAGAAGACGAUGAACGAAGCCAACCAGAACAUGACAAAGACGUCCAUCAUCAACCUAGUCGAUCUUGCUGGCAGCGAGCGAGCAGAGAGCACUGGAGCUACAGGGGAUCGGUUGAAGGAGGGGUCGGCCAUUAACCAGUCCCUCAGUACACUUGGUAACUGCAUCAAGGCUCUUGCUGACCUGUCCAAUGGCAAGAAGAAAACUGUCGUGCCGUUCCGAGACUCUGUUCUGACGAAAUUGCUCCAGAAUGCUUUGGGAGGCAACAGCAAAACCAUCAUGAUCGCUGCCUUGAGUCCCGCUGACAUCAACUAUGAAGAGACACUUUCAACUUUAAGAUUUGCUGACCGAGCUAAAGCUAUCAAGACCCAGGCCGUGGUGAAUGAGAGCCCGACAGACAAGCUGAUCAGGGAGUUGCGCGAGGAGAACGCGCGGCUGAUGGAGAUGCUGAAGGGUGGUGGGGGAGCCGCUGUUGUUGGCACCGAGGGAUCCAGCUUCAACAGAGAGGAGGAGAUGGAACGUCUGAAGAGGGAGCUGGAGGAGCAGAUGAAGGAGAGUGAGACGACUUGGGCUCAAAAACUGGAGGAAGCCAACUUCGCCAGCCAGGGCCAGGCGGAGGAGGAGACCCAGAAACAGGCGAGGCGGAAGACGGUGUGCAACUUCUGGAACCUGAAUGAGGACCCCGCCCUCACUGCCAUGGUCAUACACUUUGUCAAAGACGGGCAAUCCAAGAUUGGCACCAAGAACGCCUCCCCUCCACCAGAUAUACAACUCAAUGGUUUGGGCAUACAGAAAGAGCACGCUGCCAUCGAGAACAAGAAUAACAUUGUGACACUCACCCCAACAUCAGGGUCCCGCAUCCUCGUCAACGGCGAGAGCAUCAAGGACAGCCGUGUCUUGCACCAUCAUGACCGGGUGCUGUUUGGAUCCAACCAUUUGUAUGCAUUCCACCACCCUCAUGAUGAGUCCAAACAGAAGGAGCAGGGGGUCCAGGUUGAGGCUCCCACAUAUGACUCUGCCCAAGAGGAGAUAAUGAAACACACAGGUCUCUUCAAGGACACCAGUGGAGGGGACGGCAAGUCUAAAGAGGACCUAUUGCUCCAGGAAGACCUGAUACAGCUGUUGCCCAUGGUGAAUGAGGCAAACGCCAUGUCUGAAGAACUAGACAAGAAGGUCAAGUUCGAGAUCGCUCUUGUCUCACCACAAGCCCGGGGCCUGCAACACGGUCGGACGGAGGUGAAUGUGAAGAUGAGGAACCUGGUGAACGGCAAUGAGUGGAUGUUCGACCGAAACAACUUCAUCAACCGAAAGUUCCUCAUGCAGGAGAUGUACCAGAAUUUUAUGGAGGGCAGCAAGGACUGGGAUGUGGAGAGGGAGAGAGAUCCAUUCUGGGAGCCGUCAUCCACCCCUGUUCAGAUAGGUACAGUGCAUGUGUACCUACAGUCUCUAGCCUACAUGAUAGAGUUGCAGGAGAACCUGGCUGUCACCGACUACAAGGGCGUGGAACAAGCUCACCUGAAUGUUGAGAUUCUGCCGUGUUCCGAUGACUGGACAGAGUGCUGUGAUGAAUUCAUCGAGGACCCAGGUGAUCUGCUAUCCAGAGCACUGAAUUUCAAGCUGAAGGUUAUCUCCGGGCGUGGGAUCCAAAACCGUUUCAUCAAGUCGUACUGCAGAUACAAGUUUUAUCUGGAUGAGAAUUGGGUGGAGACGGAGACCAUCGCGGGCACCAGCAACCCGGACUUCAACCACGAGAAGCGCUUUACAUUCAAACCCGUCACCCAGCAGUUGCUGGACUACCUGCUGGUGAGGUCGUUGGUGAUCGAGGUCUGGGGGCAGCAGAAACCCGACAAGUCGGAAACGACAGGCGCCGGCGCCGCAGUGGCGAAGAAGUCUGAAAAGACCUCGAAGGGUGUGGCCAAACCUGCCCCACCCCCAGUCCAGAACACUACCAAGGAUCUGAUGUCCCGAGAGAAGACCACCCUCGGGGUGGGGGCAACGGCUGCAAACACCGUCACUGUCAGCAAGGAAGACAAGAUCAAAGAGACAUGUGAAGAGGAAGCUAAGUACAAGGCGGCACAUGAGAUCAACACGUACAAGAAGAUCGCUGAGCGUGCAGAAAACAGACUGAAUCAGCUACAAAGUUUGAUACAAGGAGCUAAGACUUCUGGUGAUGGGACAAUUCAGAUCGCAGACCUGGAAGCCAUAAUUGCAGGUGGUGAAGGCAAGGGGAUGUCGUCUCCGUCACCCAGCUCCAACAGCAGCAACGGCAGAAGCGGCAGCGUCAGUCACACCAAGGGGGCUGGAGAGAAGGGCUCUGCUACAUGCAGUCUACAGUGAACACUACUCACGUCUACCAACAGUUACUUCAUCUCUCCGUCCAUUGUGAUGGAUUCUUGUUAUGAAUUCCUCAUGCAUUAACUUGUGGAAUUAUAUAAAUAUAUUACUUUUGUUAACAGUUAUGGAAGAAAUAAUAUGGAAAAGUUGUUGGGGGAAUAUUUUGGGAAGAUAAUUUGACGGGUUUCCGAAGUGAUGUGCGUCACGUGAGAGUGGCGCCGUCAGCUGGUACUUUGAAAAACUCUGCUGAGUUUGGUACACCAUCCCUGUGCCCCUGUAUCAGGGAUAUUAGUCUGUCAUACAGACCCUCAACAAAUAUAUCUAAUACAGCCCUUGCAAGUCUAUAAUAGUUGGCAAGUCUAGAUAACCGCAUGUUCUGAAAAUGAAGAGAGUCUCAUGGCUGCUUUUUAUUAUUUUUUAUUGAGAUAAUUUAACAACUGUUUUUUUGUAUAAAAUGUGUUCAUUUCUGAGACUAGAUGUUAACUAGGGACAUCAGCAUCCUCUACUUUCGAGGUUUCUGAUUGGCUAAUGUCAAAUUCUUGUCAAUUCAUUGGUCUGUCAGUUUGCGAAAGGUAGUUUUGACGUGACCUGUAAUGGGAUGUCCCCAGAUCUUUGUUUUAGCGGUAUCGAGAUUGUGUCAAAGUCAACAUAGUUUUAACUUGAGUCAGUAUGGCUGUAAUUAUCACAGUUCAUUUCAUCCAUUACGGGUUAUCGGACAUUUAUAAGUUUGCAGUGUGUCCCACUGUAGCUGGUAUGUGAUACUGUUGCUGUGCUACUCACUGAUUGCCUUGGUUGUCUCCCUUUGUUGCCAUGGUGAUCAUCUAAUGGGCAGACGUGUAUAGUGCCAACUUCAACCAUAAUAAUCAGUCUACAUUCAAUAUUGGUAAUAUGGUUGAAUUAGUUAUGUACAUGGAAGUUUUAAAGGUCAGUGAGUCAUUCAAAGCAGAACUAACUAGAGAAAGUAUGUACUCCGCAUUUACUAUAUGUUUAAAAUUACAAAUGGGAAAAGGACUAUUUUAUGAUUCAAAGAUAAAACAUUACAAUCCAGUGUCCAGGUAUGGAACCGACCAUGGUAUUGUGAAAAUGGGAAUUUAAGAAUUUAGAAGAACACAUGGUCUGGUUUGGUAUCAUUUAAGAAAUUAUGUUGGCAAAACUUUGGAGAAUUUGUUUUUUACUUAUUUGAAGAAAGUAUUGAAAAUAAUUUUCUUUAUUACUUGUAUCUUAAUAGAGUUGGAAAGGAAUUUUUGUUUGUUUUUGUUUGUUGAAUAUUAAGAGUUUCUAUCCAUAUUAACAUGCUUCUGUGUCUCUGUAGACAGGUGUCCCUGCAAAUACUUUCAAAGAACAUUAGAUUAGGAUGAAAUAGUUUCAGAAGUGUGAAUUAGAGACUAACCAACUAGCUUCUUGGAUUUUUUUUCGGAAAGAAUAAAUGCUGUAAGCAUUUGAACAGUAUUAACACAGGUGUGACAGUUAAUUGAUAGUUCCUCGCUUCAAGUCAGUGAUUCUUAUUAUGUACAGAUAUUAAUUCUUAGUGGUACAAUGGCGGUCGGGUAGCCUAGUGGUUAAAGCGUUCGCUUGUCACGCCGAAGACCCGGGUUCGAUUCCCGACAUGGGUACAAUGUGUGAAGCCCAUUUCUGGUGUCCCCCGCCGUGAUAUUGCUGGAAUAUUGCUAAAAGCAGCGUAAAACCAUACUCACUCACUCACUCUAAGUGGUACCAAAUUAUUCAAUAAAAGCAUCCAUUUCUAAACAUGUUUAUGCAUAUUCUGUGUCCCAGUGGAUGCACUCUUUAUUUUGUUGGCGUCCAUUUUCAAACUGAGGCAAAAAGGUUUCGUUUAAGGAACAAUGUUGCAAGGCAUGUGGAGGCGAGGCAAGAGGCAAUGAAGCAUACACCCUUGUAAUGAAGCAAUAUGAUUGUAGUAUCAGUAGUCAAUCCAGCAUCAGUUGCUGUAUAUAGAGUAGUGCAAAUUAGUUUAAUUUGUUUUAGUAGGUAUAUUUAGGAUAUUACCUAAUUGCUUAUGAACACUGCUCCACUAGUUAUGGUACUACAGAAAAUGUUGUCAGUUUUAGUGGGAUGAUUGGGUUGGUUGGUUUGUUGUUUUACGCCGCACUCAGCAAUAUUCCAGCUACAUGACGGCGGUCUGUAAAUAAUCGAGUCUGGACCAGACAAUCCAGUGAUUAAUGUCAUUAGCAUCGAUCCACA